GUUCCGCCAUCUCAAGAGCAGUGGCAUGUCAGAGCAUAGACAUUUACCUUUUGAAGGCGUUAAAGAGCGAGGCAAACAAUCACACGGGAAGCGGCAUGGACUGGAAAGGCCAACGCUCAUGACAGCUGCAUAGAAACGGGGAAAAAACCCUUUAUAUUAGGAUGAUGGUUGAUUCCAGUGGCCCACAGAAAGACUGGUACUCAAUACUAGGUGCCUGUCCAACAGAUGACAUUAAAGAACUCAAACAGAAGUAUCAGAAGCUCAUCCUCAUGUUUCACCCGGACAAGCAGAGGCCGGGCGUAUCAGAAGGUGAAGCGGAGCAGCACCUGCAAAGAUUCAUUGACGUUGAUCAAGCUUGGAAGAUCUUGGGUAAUGAGGAGAGCAGGAUGGAGUACAACCUUCAGCUACGCGCAAAUGAACUGAAACAGAACUGGCCAGUGGAUGCUCAUAUAACCCUUGACGACAUGAAUUGGGAUUCUGACACUGAGUGUUACACGUACAGCUGCCGCUGUGGAGGAGAAUUCAUCUUGGAGAAGGAUGACUUAAAAGAAAUGGAAACAGUUGUGUGCUGCGAUUCCUGUUCGCUCAGCAUUGAAGUUAAGAAGGUCACAUGAAACUUGGAUAUGUUCAGUGAGAUUCUUAUUGGAGUAUUAUUUAGCUCUUUUAAAAUGGGACGUAUUCUUUGGACACGGUUAAUUUUAACAGGAAGUCAACCCCAUUCUUAACUGAAUGUGGCACCAAUGAGAAACUAUUUGUUUAUUAAAUAUUUAUUCAUGAAUUCAAAA